GCGCUCUGCAUAGCGGCCGGCAGGGUGCGGGCGGCCGGCGCGCCAAGCGGGUUAGGCAGGUUCCGGGGCCCUCCGCCCCCCCCUCCGCCUCCCCGCCCCCCUGUGUUGUCGCCUCUCCCUCUCGCUGCUUCACUUCACGGGGCGAACAUGGCGCACAGCUGUCGGUGGCGCUUCCCCGCCCGACCCGGGACCACCGGGGGCGGCGGCGGCGGGGGGCGCCGGGGCCUAGGGGGCGCCCCGCGGCAACGCAUCCCGGCCCUGCUGCUUCCCCCCGGGCCCCCGGUCGGCGGCGGCGGCCCCGGGGCGCCCCCCUCCCCCCCGGCUGUGGCGGCCGCGGCGGCGGCGGCGGGAAGCAGCGGGGCUGGGGUUCCAGGGGGAGCGGCCGCCGCCUCAGCAGCCUCUUCGUCGUCCGCCUCGUCUUCGUCUUCGUCAUCGUCCUCAGCCUCCUCCGGGCCGGCCCUGCUCCGGGUGGGCCCGGGUUUCGACGCGGCGCUGCAGGUCUCGGCCGCCAUCGGCACCAACCUGCGCCGGUUCCGGGCCGUGUUUGGGGAGAGCGGCGGAGGAGGCGGCAGCGGAGAGCUAACAACACAGAUCCCAUGUAGUUGGAGAACCAAAGGCCUCAUACAUGACAAAAAGACUGAACCGUUCAGGUUACUUGCAUGGAGUUGGUGCUUAAAUGAUGAGCAGUUCUUAGGUUUUGGCUCAGAUGAAGAAGUCAGAGUACGAAGUCCCACAAGGUCUCCUUCAGUUAAAACUAGUCCUCGAAAACCUCGUGGGAGACCUCGAAGUGGCUCUGACCGAAAUCCAGCUAUCCUCUCAGAUCCGUCUGUGUUCUCCCCGCUAAGUAAAUCAGAGACCAAAUCUGGAGAUAAGAUCAAGAAGAAAGAUUCUAAAAGCAUAGAAAAGAAGAGAGGAAGACCUCCCACCUUCCCUGGAGUAAAAAUAAAAAUAACACAUGGAAAGGACAUUUCAGAGUUACCAAAGGGAAACAAAGAAGAUAGCCUGAAAAAAAUUAAACGGACACCAUCUGCUACCUUUCAGCAAGCCACAAAGAUUAAAAAAUUAAGAGCAGGUAAACUCUCUCCUCUCAAGUCUAAGUUUAAGACAGGGAAGCUUCAACUAGGAAGGAAGGGGGUACAAAUUGUACGGCGGCGAGGAAGGCCUCCAUCGACAGAAAGGGUAAAGACCCCUUCAGGUCUCCUCAUUAACUCCGAACUGGAAAAGCCCCAGAAGGUCCGGAAGGACAAGGAAGGAACACCUCCACUCACAAAAGAAGAUAAGACAGUAGUCAGACAAAGCCCUCGAAGGAUUAAGCCGGUUAGGAUUAUUCCUUCUUCUAAAAGGACAGAUGCAACAAUUGCUAAGCAGCUCUUGCAGAGGGCAAAAAAGGGGGCGCAAAAGAAAAUUGAGAAAGAAGCAGCUCAGCUGCAAGGAAGAAAGGUGAAGACGCAGGUCAAAAAUAUUCGACAGUUCAUCAUGCCUGUGGUCAGUGCCAUCUCCUCACGGAUCAUUAAGACCCCUCGGCGGUUUAUAGAGGAUGAGGAUUAUGACCCUCCAAUUAAAAUUGCCCGACUAGAGUCUACACCGAAUAGUAGAUUCAGUGCCACGUCCUGUGGAUCUUCUGAAAAAUCAAGUGCAGCUUCUCAGCACUCUUCUCAAAUGUCUUCAGACUCCUCCCGAUCUAGUAGCCCCAGUGUCGAUACCUCCACAGACUCUCAGGUCUCUGAGGAGAUUCAGGUACUUCCUGAAGAGCGGAGCGAUACCCCCGAAGUUCGUCCUCCACUGCCUAUUUCCCAGUCCCCAGAAAAUGAUGGUAAUGACAGGAGAAGCAGAAGGUAUUCAGUGUCAGAGAGAAGUUUUGGAUCUAGAACAGCUAAAAAGUUAUCAGCUCUACAAAGUGCCCCCCAGCAGCAGACCUCUUCCUCUCCACCUCCGCCUCUGCUGACCCCGCCCCCACCGCUGCAGCCAGCCUCCAGUAUCUCUGACCACACACCUUGGCUUAUGCCUCCAACAAUCCCUUUAGCAUCACCGUUUUUGCCUGCUUCUGCUGCUCCCAUGCAAGGGAAACGAAAAUCUAUUUUGCGGGAACCGACGUUUAGGUGGACUUCUUUAAAGCAUUCUAGGUCAGAGCCACAAUACUUUUCCUCAGCAAAGUAUGCCAAAGAAGGUCUUAUUCGCAAACCAAUAUUUGAUAAUUUCCGACCCCCUCCACUGACUCCCGAGGAUGUUGGCUUCGCGUCCGGUUUUUCUACAUCUGGUACUGCUGCUUCAGCCCGAUUGUUUUCACCACUCCAUUCUGGAACAAGGUUUGAUAUGCACAAAAGGAGCCCCCUUCUGAGAGCUCCAAGAUUUACUCCAAGUGAGGCUCACUCUAGAAUAUUUGAGUCUGUAACUUUGCCUAGUAAUCGAACUUCUGCUGGAACAUCUUCUUCAGGAGUGUCUAACAGAAAACGGAAAAGAAAAGUGUUUAGCCCUAUUCGAUCUGAACCAAGAUCUCCUUCUCACUCCAUGAGGACAAGAAGUGGAAGGCUUAGUACUUCUGAGCUGUCACCUCUCACCCCGCCGUCUUCUGUCUCUUCCUCGUUAAGCAUUUCUGUUAGUCCUCUUGCCACUAGUGCCUUAAACCCAACUUUCACUUUUCCUUCUCAUUCCCUGACUCAGUCUGGGGAAUCUGCAGAGAAAAACCAGAGACCAAGGAAGCAGACUAGUGCUCCAACAGAGCCAUUUUCAUCCAGUAGUCCUACUCCUCUCUUCCCCUGGUUUACCUCAGGCUCUCAGACUGAACGAGGGAGAAAUAAAGACAAGGCCCCUGAGGAGCUGUCCAAAGAUCGAGAUGCUGACAAGAGCAUGGAGAAGGACAAGAGUAGAGAGAGAGACCGGGAGAGAGAAAAAGAGAAUAAGCGGGAGUCAAGGAAAGAGAAAAGGAAAAAGGGAUCAGAAAUUCAGAGUAGUUCUGCUUUGUAUCCUGUGGGCAGGGUUUCCAAAGAGAAGGUUGUUGGUGAAGAUGUUGCCACCUCAUCUUCUGCCAAAAAAACGACAGGGCGGAAGAAGUCUUCAUCACUUGAUUCUGGGACUGAUAUUGCUUCUGUGACUCUUGGGGAUACAACAGCUGUCAAAACCAAAAUACUUAUAAAGAAAGGGAGAGGAAAUCUGGAAAAAACCAACUUGGACCUCGGCCCAACUGCCCCAUCCCUGGAGAAGGAGAAAACCCUCUGCCUUUCCACUCCUUCAUCUAGCACUGUUAAACAUUCCACUUCCUCCAUAGGCUCCAUGUUGGCUCAGGCAGACAAGCUUCCAAUGACUGACAAGAGGGUUGCCAGCCUCCUAAAAAAGGCCAAAGCCCAGCUCUGCAAAAUUGAGAAGAGUAAGAGUCUUAAACAAACUGACCAGCCCAAAGCACAGGGUCAGGAAAGUGAUUCCUCAGAGACCUCUGUGCGAGGACCCCGGAUUAAACAUGUCUGCAGAAGAGCUGCUGUUGCCCUUGGCCGAAAACGAGCUGUGUUUCCUGAUGACAUGCCCACCCUGAGUGCCUUACCAUGGGAAGAACGAGAAAAGAUUUUGUCUUCCAUGGGGAAUGAUGACAAGUCAUCAAUUGCUGGCUCAGAAGAUGCUGAACCUCUUGCUCCACCCAUCAAACCAAUUAAACCUGUCACCAGAAACAAGGCGCCUCAGGAACCUCCAGUCAAGAAAGGACGGCGGUCAAGGCGGUGUGGGCAGUGUCCUGGCUGCCAGGUGCCUGAGGACUGUGGUGUUUGUACUAAUUGCUUAGACAAGCCCAAGUUUGGUGGCCGCAAUAUAAAGAAGCAGUGCUGCAAGAUGAGGAAAUGUCAGAAUCUGCAGUGGAUGCCUUCCAAAGCCUACCUGCAGAAGCAAGCGAAAGCUGUGAAAAAGAAAGAGAAAAAGUCUAAGACCAGUGAAAAGAAAGAGAAUAAAGAAAGCAGUGUUGUGAAGAACCUGGUGGACUCUAGUCAGAAACCUACCCCUUCAGCGAGAGAGGAUCCUGCCCCCAAGAAAAGCAACAAUGAACCUGCACGAAAGCCCGUCGAAGACAAGAGCGAAGAAGGGAAUGCCUCUGCCCCAGGACCUGAACCCAAACAAGUUACCACUCCCACUGCCAGGAAGUCUGGCAAACAGGUUUCCCAGCCAGCACCGGUCAUCCCCCCACAGCCACCCAGCACAGCACCACCGAGGAAAGAAGUUCCCAAGACCACUCCUAGUGAGCCCAAGAAAAAGCAGCCUCCACCACCAGAGGCAGGUCCAGAGCAGAGCAAGCAGAAAAAAGUGGCUCCUCGCCCAAGUAUUCCUGUAAAACAAAAACCAAAAGAAAAGGAAAAACCACCUCCAGUCAAUAAGCAGGAGAACGCAGGCACUUUGAACAUCCUCAGCACUCUCUCCAAUGGCAAUAGUUCUAAGCAAAAAGUCCCAGCAGAUGGAGUCCACAGGAUCAGAGUGGACUUCAAGGAGGAUUGUGAAGCAGAAAAUGUGUGGGAGAUGGGCGGCCUGGGGAUCCUGACCUCUGUUCCUAUAACACCCAGGGUGGUUUGCUUUCUCUGUGCCAGCAGUGGGCAUGUCGAGUUUGUGUAUUGCCAAGUCUGUUGUGAACCCUUCCACAAGUUUUGUCUGGAGGAGAACGAGCGCCCCCUGGAGGACCAGCUGGAAAAUUGGUGUUGUCGUCGCUGCAAGUUCUGUCACGUGUGUGGAAGGCAGCAUCAGGCGACAAAGCAGCUGCUGGAGUGUAACAAGUGCCGAAACAGCUAUCACCCUGAGUGCCUGGGACCAAACUACCCCACCAAGCCCACCAAGAAAAAGAAAGUGUGGAUCUGUACCAAGUGUGUUCGCUGCAAGAGCUGUGGAUCCACAACUCCAGGCAAAGGGUGGGAUGCACAGUGGUCUCACGAUUUCUCACUGUGCCAUGAUUGUGCCAAACUCUUUGCUAAAGGAAACUUCUGCCCUCUCUGUGAUAAGUGUUACGAUGAUGAUGACUAUGAGAGUAAGAUGAUGCAAUGUGGGAAAUGUGAUCGCUGGGUCCAUUCCAAAUGUGAGAAUCUUUCAGGUACAGAAGAUGAGAUGUAUGAGAUUCUAUCUAAUCUGCCAGAAAGCGUGGCCUACACUUGUGUGAACUGUACUGAGCGGCACCCUGCGGAGUGGCGACUGGCCCUUGAGAAAGAGCUACAGAUCUCUCUGAAGCAGGUUCUGACAGCCUUGCUGAACUCUCGGACCACCAGCCACUUGCUACGCUACCGACAGGCUGCCAAACCUCCAGACUUAAAUCCCGAGACGGAGGAGAGCAUACCUUCCCGCAGCUCCCCAGAAGGACCUGACCCCCCAGUGCUGACUGAGGUCAGCAAACAGGAAGAUCAGCAGCCUCUAGACCUGGAGGGAGUCAAGAGGAAGAUGGACCAAGGGAGCUACACGUCUGUGUUGGAGUUCAGUGAUGAUAUCGUGAAGAUCAUUCAAGCAGCCAUUAAUUCAGAUGGAGGGCAGCCAGAGAUUAAGAAAGCCAACAGCAUGGUCAAGUCCUUCUUCAUUCGGCAAAUGGAACGUGUUUUUCCGUGGUUCAGUGUCAAAAAGUCCAGGUUUUGGGAGCCAAAUAAAGUUUCAAGCAACAGUGGGAUGUUACCAAACGCAGUGCUUCCACCUUCACUUGACCAUAAUUAUGCUCAGUGGCAGGAGCGAGAGGAAGACAGCCACACUGAGCAGCCUCCUUUAAUGAAGAAAAUCAUUCCAGCUCCCAAACCUAAAGGGCCCGGAGAACCAGACUCACCAACUCCUCCGCACCCUCCUACACCACCGAUUUUGAGUACUGAUAGGAGUCGAGAAGAUAGCCCAGAACUGAACCCACCCCCAGGCAUAGAAGAUAAUAGACAGUGUGCGUUAUGUUUGACGUAUGGUGAUGACAGUGCUAAUGAUGCUGGCCGUUUGCUAUACAUUGGCCAAAAUGAGUGGACACAUGUAAAUUGCGCCUUGUGGUCAGCAGAAGUGUUUGAAGAUGAUGAUGGGUCACUAAAGAAUGUGCAUAUGGCUGUGAUCAGGGGCAAGCAGCUGAGAUGUGAAUUCUGCCAAAAGCCAGGAGCCACUGUGGGUUGCUGCCUCACAUCCUGUACCAGCAACUACCACUUCAUGUGCUCCCGAGCCAAGAACUGUGUCUUUCUGGACGAUAAAAAAGUGUAUUGCCAACGACACCGGGAUUUGAUCAAAGGCGAGGUGGUUCCUGAGAAUGGAUUUGAAGUUUUUAGAAGAGUGUUUGUGGACUUUGAAGGAAUCAGCUUGAGAAGGAAGUUUCUCAAUGGCCUGGAACCAGAAAACAUCCACAUGAUGAUUGGCUCCAUGACAAUUGACUGCUUAGGAAUUCUGAAUGAUCUCUCUGACUGUGAAGAUAAGCUCUUUCCUAUUGGAUAUCAGUGUUCCAGGGUGUACUGGAGCACCACAGAUGCUCGCAAGCGCUGUGUGUAUACAUGCAAGAUAGUAGAGUGCCGGCCUCCAGUUGUAGAGCCGGAUAUCAACAGCACUGUUGAACACGAUGAAAAUAGGACCAUCGCUCAUAGUCCAUCAUCUUUAGCAGAAAUUUCAUCUAAAGAAAGUCAUAACACAGCUGAGAAUAUAAGUCCUCCGUCACCAGACCGACCUCCUCAUUCGCAGACCUCUGGUUCCUGUUUUUAUCAUGUCAUCUCCAAGGUCCCUAGGAUUCCAACACCUAGUUAUUCUCCAACACAGAGAGCCCCUGGCUGUCGGCCGUUGCCUUCUGCAGGAAGUCCUACCCCAACCACUCAUGAAAUAGUCACAGUGGGUGAUCCUUUACUCUCCUCUGGACUUCGCAGCAUUGGCUCCAGGCGUCAUAGUACUUCUUCCUUGUCACCCCAGCGAUCUAAACUCCGGAUAAUGUCUCCAAUGAGAACUGGGAGUACUUACUCCAGGAAUAGUGUUUCCUCAGUCUCCACCGUGGGGACUGCUACAGAUCUUGAGUCAAGUACCAAAGCAGUCGAUCAUGUCUUAGGUCCACUGAAUUCAAAUACUAAUUUAGGACAGAACACUCCCACCUCUUCAAAUUUGCAAAGGACAGUGGUUACUAUGGGCACUAAAACCAGUCACUUGGAUGGAUCUUCAUCUUCAGAAAUGAAGCAUUCCACUGCUUCAGACUUGGCAUCCAAGAGCUCCUCUUUGAAGGGAGAGAAGACCAAAAUGCUAAGUUCCAAGAGUUCGGAGGGAUCUGCACAUAACGUGGCUUACCCUGGCAUUCCUAAACUGGCCCCACAGGUUCAUAAUACAACAUCUGGAGAAUUAAAUGUUAGUAAAAUCAGCACUUAUGUUGAACACUCUUCGGCACCGUUUUCUUCUAAAGAGACCCUCUCCUUCCCACCAGUCCAUUUGAGAGGGCAAAGGAACGAUCGAGACCAACAUACAGAUUCUAACCAAUCAGCUAAUCCCCCUCCCAGUGAAGAUACUGAAGUCAAAACCUUGAAGCUCUCUGGAGUAAGCAACAGAUCAUCCAUUACCAAUGAACAUGUGGGAUCUAGUUCCAGAGACAGGAGACAGAAAGGGAAAAAAUCUAGUAAAGAAACUUUCAAAGAAAAGCAUUCCAGUAAAUCUUUUUUGGAACCUGGUCAGGUGACGACUGGUGAAGAAGGAAACCUGAAGCCAGAGUCUGUGGAUGAAGUUUUGACUCCUGAGUUUAUGGGACGACCAUGUAAUAAUGUUUCUUCUGAUAAGAUUGGGGACAAAGCUCUUUCUGUUCCAGGAGUCCCCAAAGCUCCAUCCAUGCAAGUAGAAGGAUCUGCCAAGGAAUUACAGACACCCCGGAAACGCACAGUUAAAGUAACACUGACACCUCUAAAAAUGGAAAGUGAGAGUCAGUCCAAGAAUACCCUGAAAGAAAGUAGUCCUGUUUCCCCUUUGCAAAUAGAGUCAGCAUCUCCAACAGAACCGAUUUCAGCCUCCGAAAGUCCAGGAGAUGGCCCAGUGGCCCAACCAAGCCCCAAUAAUACCUCAUCUCAAGAUUCUCAAAGUAACAACUAUCAGAAUCUUCCAGUACAGGACAGAAACCUAAUGCUUCCAGAUGGCCCCAAACCUCAGGAGGAUGGCUCUUUCAAGAGGAGAUAUCCCCGUCGUAGUGCCCGAGCACGUUCUAACAUGUUCUUUGGGCUCACCCCACUCUAUGGAGUAAGAUCCUAUGGUGAAGAAGACAUUCCGUUCUACAGCAGCUCAACUGGGAAGAAGCGAGGCAAGAGGUCGGCUGAAGGACAGGUGGAUGGGGCUGACGACUUAAGCACUUCAGAUGAAGAUGACUUAUACUAUUACAAUUUCACCAGAACAGUGAUUUCUUCAGGUGGAGAGGAACGGCUGGCAUCUCAUAAUUUAUUCCGGGAGGAGGAACAAUGUGAUCUUCCAAAAAUCUCACAGUUGGAUGGUGUUGAUGAUGGGACAGAGAGUGACACUAGUGUCACAGCCACAACAAGGAAAAGCAGCCAGAUUCCAAAAAGAAAUGGUAAAGAAAAUGGAACAGAGAACUUGAAGAUUGAUCGACCUGAAGAUGCUGGUGAGAAAGAACAUGUCAUCAAGAGUUCUGUUGGCCACAAAAAUGAGCCGAAGAUGGAUAACUGCCACUCUGUAAGCAGAGUGAAAACACAGGGGCAGGAUUCCUUGGAAGCUCAGCUCAGCUCAUUGGAGUCGAGCCGCAGAGUCCACACAAGCACCCCCUCGGACAAGAAUUUACUGGACACUUAUAAUCCUGAGCUCCUGAAAUCUGAUUCAGAUAAUAACAACAGUGAUGACUGCGGGAAUAUCCUGCCCUCAGACAUUAUGGACUUUGUUCUAAAGAAUACUCCAUCCAUGCAGGCGCUGGGUGAGAGCCCAGAGUCCUCUUCAUCAGAGCUCCUGAAUCUUGGCGAAGGCUUGGGUCUUGACAGUAAUCGUGAAAAAGACAUGGGUCUUUUUGAAGUCUUUUCUCAGCAGUUGCCACCCACAGAACCUGUGGACAGCAGUGUCUCUUCCUCUAUCUCAGCAGAGGAGCAGUUCGAGUUGCCCCUGGAGCUGCCAUCUGAUCUCUCUGUCCUGACCACCCGGAGUCCCACUGUCCCUAGCCAGAAUCCCAGUAGACUAGCUGUAAUCUCAGACUCAGGAGAGAAGAGAGUAACUAUCACAGAAAAAUCUGUGGCCUCCUCUGAAGGUGACUCAGCCCUGCUGAGUCCAGGAGUAGAUCCAACCCCUGAAGGCCACAUGACUCCUGAUCACUUUAUCCAAGGACACAUGGAUGCGGACCACAUCUCCAGCCCUCCUUGUGGUUCAGUGGAGCAAGGUCAUGGCAACAAUCAGGAUUUAACUAGAAACAGUAGCACCCCUGGCCUUCAGGUACCUGUUUCCCCUACCGUUCCUAUCCAGAACCAGAAAUAUGUGCCCAAUUCUACUGAUAGUCCUGGCCCAUCUCAGAUUUCUAAUGCAGCUGUCCAGACCACUCCACCCCACCUGAAACCAGCCACUGAAAAACUCAUUGUUGUUAACCAGAACAUGCAGCCACUUUAUGUUCUCCAAACUCUUCCAAAUGGAGUGACCCAAAAAAUCCAAUUGACCUCUUCUGUUAGUUCUACACCCAAUGUGAUGGAGACAAAUACUUCAGUAUUGGGGCCCAUGGGAGGUGGUCUCACCUUGACCACAGGACUAAAUCCAAGCUUGCCAACUUCUCAACCUUUGUUCCCUCCUGCUAGCAAAGGAUUGCUCCCCAUGCCUCAUCACCAGCACUUACAUUCCUUCCCUGCAGCUACUCGAAGUAGUUUCCCACCUAAUAUCAGCAGUCCUCCUUCAGGUCUACUUAUUGGGGUUCAGCCUCCUCCAGAUCCCCAACUUUUGGUUUCAGAAGCCAGCCAGAGGACAGACCUCAGUACCACAGUAGCCACUCCAUCCUCUGGACUCAAGAAAAGACCCAUAUCUCGUCUUCAGACCCGAAAGAAUAAAAAACUUGCUCCCUCUAGUACCCCUUCAAACAUUGCCCCUUCUGAUGUGGUUUCUAAUAUGACAUUGAUUAACUUCACACCCUCCCAGCUUCCAAAUCAUCCCAAUCUGUUAGAUCUGGGGUCACUUAAUACUUCAUCUCACCGAACUGUCCCCAACAUCAUAAAAAGGUCUAAAUCUGGCAUCAUGUAUUUUGAACAGGCACCCCUGUUACCACAGAGUGUGGGAGGAACUGCUGCCACGGCGGCUGGCACAUCAACCAUAAGCCAGGAUACUGGCCACCUCACAUCAGGGCCUGUGUCUGGCUUGGCAUCCGGUUCCUCCGUCUUGAAUGUUGUAUCCAUGCCAACAACAACAGCCCCUACAAGUAGUGCAUCAGUUCCAGGACAUGUUGCAUUAACCAACCCGAGGUUGCUUGGUGCCCCAGAUAUUGGCUCAAUCAGCAAUCUUUUAAUCAAAGCUAGCCAGCAGAGCCUGGGGAUUCAGGACCAGCCUGUGGCUUUACCACCAAGUUCAGGAAUGUUUCCACAGCUGGGGACAUCACAGACUCCCUCUACUGCUGCGAUGACAGCAGCAUCUAGCAUCUGUGUGCUCCCCUCUACUCAGACCACGGGCAUAACAGCUGCUUCCCCUUCUGGGGAGGCAGGAGAACACUAUCAGCUUCAGCACGUGAACCAGCUCCUUGCCAGCAAAACUGGACUUCUCUCCUCCCAGCGUGAUCUUGAUUCUGCUCCAGGGACCCAGGGAUCCAACUUUACCCAAACAGUAGAUGCUCCUAACAGCAUGGGGCUAGAGCAGAAUAAGGCUUUAUCCUCAGCUAUGCAAGCCAGCUCAGCCUCUCCUGGAGGCUCUCCAUCCUCCGGACAGCAGUCAGCAAGCCCCUCAGUGCCGGGUCCCACUAAACCCAAACCAAAAAUCAAACGGAUUCAGCUGCCUUUGGACAAAGGGAAUGGCAAGAAGCACAAGGUUUCCCAUUUGCGGACCAGUUCUGAAGCACACAUUCCAGACCAAGAAGCCAACACGACACCCCUGACCUCAGUCACAGGGACUCCGGGAGCAGAGCCGGAGCAGCAAGAUACAGCUAAUGUGGAACAGUCAUCACAGAAGGAGUGUGGGCAGCCCGCAGGGCAAGUGGCUGCUCUUCCUGAGAUUCAGAUGACGCAAAAUCCAACAAAUGAACAAGAAAGUACAGAACCAAAAACAGUGGAAGAAGAAGAAAGUAACUUUAGCUCUCCACUGAUGCUUUGGCUCCAACAAGAACAGAAGCGGAAGGAAAGCAUUGCUGAGAAAAAGCCUAAGAAAGGACUUGUUUUUGAAAUUUCAAGUGAUGAUGGCUUUCAGAUCUGUGCGGAAAGUAUUGAAGAUGCCUGGAAGUCACUGACAGAUAAAGUCCAGGAAGCUCGAUCAAAUGCCCGCCUAAAGCAGCUCUCAUUUGCAGGUGUUAACGGUUUGAGGAUGCUGGGGAUUCUCCACGAUGCAGUUGUGUUCCUGAUUGAGCAGCUGUCUGGUGCCAAGCACUGUAGGAAUUACAAAUUCCGUUUCCACAAACCAGAGGAGGCCAAUGAACCCCCGCUGAACCCUCACGGCUCAGCCAGGGCUGAAGUCCACCUUAGGAAGUCAGCAUUUGACAUGUUUAACUUCCUGGCUUCUAAACAUCGGCAGCCUCCUGAAUACAACCCCAACGAUGAGGAAGAGGAGGAGGUUCAGCUCAAGUCUGCUCGGAGGGCAACUAGUAUGGAUCUGCCAAUGCCCAUGCGUUUCCGGCACUUAAAAAAGACUUCUAAGGAGGCAGUCGGUGUCUACAGGUCUCCCAUCCAUGGCCGGGGUCUUUUUUGUAAGAGAAACAUUGAUGCAGGUGAGAUGGUGAUCGAGUAUGCUGGCAAUGUCAUCCGUUCCAUCCAGACUGACAAGCGAGAAAAGUAUUAUGACAGCAAGGGCAUUGGUUGCUACAUGUUCCGAAUUGAUGACUCCGAGGUGGUGGACGCCACCAUGCAUGGAAACGCUGCACGCUUCAUCAAUCACUCAUGUGAGCCUAACUGCUACUCUCGGGUCAUCAAUAUUGAUGGGCAGAAGCACAUUGUCAUCUUUGCCAUGCGCAAGAUCUACCGAGGGGAAGAACUCACUUAUGACUAUAAGUUCCCCAUUGAGGAUGCCAGCAACAAGCUACCCUGCAACUGUGGCGCCAAGAAAUGCCGGAAGUUCCUAAACUAAAGCUGCUCUUCUCCCCCAGUGUUGGCGUACUAGGACCCAGGGCCAUCCAAAGCAAUGUUGAAGGCCUUUGCCAGCAGCUAGGAGUUCCAGGAUUGAGUGGGCACAGUUGAGGGGCCUCCAUGAUGGCUGAGCUCCCGUAUGUCCCAUCUUCACAUAUACAUGUGAUCAUAGUCCUGGAGGGAGAGAUGAGGUCUCGAAGAAAACAUCCCUGAUGGGCUUUCUACUGGGGCCCUUCUGAUUGUAUGCCAUUAAAAAGUGGGAAAUGGGGUCCCUAGCAGACUUGCCUGGAAGGAGCCUAUAGAGGGUUAGUUACGUUGGGAGAUUGGGCCUGAGCAUCUCCUCAGAGAGAAGUUGCCAUCCUUGCCUUGGCCCUUUCCCAGGCACUAAAAGCGAGGGGUCAGGCAAAGCCCCAAACAUAGGGUUGGUUGGAUACCUGAGAGUUGGCCAGCCGGGCCCAGCGUGUAGCCGUCUGUUGAACAAACAGAGAAGGUCUGGUGGUUUUCCCUACUAUCCUCCCCCUUGAGAGUUCACUUCUGGUUGGGAGACAGGAUUCUUAGCACCUUUGGUGUCAAAAGGUUGUCUUGGGGUUGUGCCAAUUAAUUACCAAACAUUGAGCCUGUGGGCUUUAAGUGGGAGUGUUAUCCCCAGGAGCCUUAUCUCAGCCAGUAACCUUUCUUGACAAUAGGAGCGGCUUCCCUCUCAUUCCUUCUCUUCACUCCACUCUCUUCCUUUCCCCCCUCUUCAUCCCACUGCUUUCCCAUUCUUUCUGGGUGGUAGGGGAGAGUCACUCCCUGCUCAAGGACACUCCCUGUUGGGCACAGUCUGUGCCCUGAGCCUGUAAGCACUGCCAGUGGGGAAGUGGACAGGAGCCAGUGGCCAUGACCAGACAGAAUUUGGAGAAGUUUUCAUAGAGCUCCACUGAGAGUUUUAAAGAAAUAUAUGUAGCAUGAUUUUUUAGAAGAGGAAAAAGAUUAUUUAAAUAGGAUUUGAAUCAUGCAACAACCAGAGUAUCACAACCAGGAUGACCCUGGGCCCCAUUCUUAGGACAUGCUAACUUUAUUUUCCCCUUGUUAAGACAUAGGAAGACUGAAUUUUUAAAUGGUCAGUGUCCAGUUGAAGGCAGAACACUAAUCAGACUUCAAGGCCCAAAACUUGGGGACUAGACCACCGAGUAUUGAGGGAACUCUGCCACCUGCGCAAAAUCCAUGGAUACAGUAAAUUAAAUGACACUACUGCCCUGAUUACUCCUUAGGAUGUGGUCAAAACAGCAUCAAAUGUUUCUUCUCUUCCUUUCCCCAAGACAGUGUCCUGAACCUGUUAAAUUAAGUCAUUGGAUUUUACUCUGUUCUGUUUACAGUUUACUAUUUAAGGUUUUAUAAAUGUAAAUAUAUUUUGUAUAUUUUUCUAUGAGAAGCACUUCAUAGGGAGAAGCACUUAUGACAAGGCUAUUUUUUAAACCGCGGUAUUAUCCUAAUUUAAAAGAAGAUCGGUUUUUAAUAAUUUUUUAUUUUCAUAGGAUGAAGUUAGAGAAAAUAUUCAGCUGUACACACAAAGUCUGGUUUUUCCUGCCCAACUUCCCCCUGGAAGGCGUACUUUUUGUUGUUUAACGUGUAGCUUGUUUGUGCCCUGUUGACAUAAACGUUUCCUGGGUUUGCUCUUUGACAAUAAAUGGAAAAGGAAGGUCACCCAGCUCCAUUGGGCCACUCCCCUCCUUCUCAUAUUGAAGCUCCUCAAAGGCCGUGGUAGUAUCUGACACAGCAGUUCUCCUCUUCUUUCUGCACUGUCUCUCUCCUUUCUGGCACUUGCUCGGAGUGGUAAGAGGUGGUAAGCUACGUUUCCCUCAUCUUUCCUACUUCAGAGUUAGCAACCAAGUUGAAUGGCAACCCGACAUUUUCCAUCACCAUCUGCCUCAUCGGUCACCUAGCUCCCUUUCCCUCUGCCCACCAAGUCCUCAUACCUGCAAAGAACCCAUGGAUCCCCCUGUGCCCUCUUUUGGGGCAGCUCGUUGAAACUGAAGCACAGUCUGACCACUCACGAUAAAGCAGAUUUUUCUCUGCCUCUGUUAGCCGCAAGGUUUCAGAGCACUGUAGUCCAGUAGAGGGCAGGGCACCCUUUUCUCGCCACAAGCCCAUUCCUCUGGAAGUCUAGCAAAGCAAUACGACUCAGUCCAGCGCCCUCUGCCCCGGGACUCACGGCUCUGCUGUGCCUUCCAUCCUGGGCUCCCUGUUCUUCCAUGACCUUAAGAACUUUGUCUGGUGGCUUUGCUGGAACAGUUUUCACUGUCAUGCAGGGAGCCCAGCACUGUGGCCAGGAUGGCAGUGACUUCCUUGUCAUCAUGGAGAAGUGCCAGCAGGGGACUGGGGAAAAGCACUCUACCCAGACCUCACCUCCCUUCCUCCUUUUGCCCAUGAACAAGAUACAGUGGCCCUAGGGGUUCCACUAGUGUCUGGUUUCCUUUAUUAUUGCACUGUGUGAGGUUUUUUUGUAAAUCCUUUUAUUCCUUUUUUUUUAAAAAAAGAAAAAAACCUUAAGCUGCAUUUGUUACUGAAAUGAUUAAUGCACUGAUGGGUCAUGAAUUCACCUUGAGAAGGACCCAAAGGCCAGUCAGGGGGUGGGGGAAACUCAGCUAAAUAGACCUAGUUACUGCCCUGCUAGGCCAUGCUGUACUGUGAGCCCCCUCCUCAUUCUCUUCCUACCAACCCCCAACCCUGAGGCCAGGGGAGGAGCCCACAUCUUUCCUGCCCCUGCCAGCCGCAGAUGGUUUGCCUUGCCUUUCCACUCCCUAACUGUCACCCACAGAAAUGAGUAAUUCCUCUUCUAGCUCAGCCUUGAGUCCAUUGCCAAAAUUCAGCAUACCUGCCAGCAACUUGGGGAAUAAGCUACGGUUUCCCUACAAGAGGGAAAGAAGGUGAAAAACAGCAUAGCUAUCUCCCAGACACCUCGGAGUUUGUUUUCAAAGUGACCAAGGGAAUCUCCGCACAAAAGUGCAGACUGAGGAACUGUGGUGGGUCAUUCCCAAGAAUCCCCCAAGGGGCGUCCCCAAUCCCUAAGGAAUAACAGCUGCAAACCUGGUCAGUUCUCAGUGAGAGAGCCAGCUCACUUACAGCUUUGCUGCUAGAACCUGUUGUGGCUGCAUUUCCUGGUGGCCAGUGACAACUGUGUAACCAGAAGAGCUGCAUGGCGCUGACCCUUUGGCCGGAACUUGGUCCCUUGGCUCCCUCUGUUACCGUCCGCCACCUCCAACACAGCCCCUCCUGUUUUUAGACCAAUAACGAGAAUUAAGGGGGAAGCCCUGGCAGCUAUAUAUGUUUUCAACCAGACUCCUUUGCCGGGAUCCAGUCCACCACCCCGCUUGCCUCUGUCAAACCUCCCGGCCAACGCAGUGAAGCACCAUGCAGCUCCCUUGAUAUAAAAAAAUACAACAACAAAAAAAAACAAAAAAAAAUCUUUUAAUGAAUGUAUCUUUCUAAAGGACUGACGUUCAAUCAAAUAUCUGAAAAUACUAAAGGUCAAAACCUUGUCAGAUGUUAACUUUUAAGUUUGAUUUGAGAUUUUUUAAAAUAGAAAUCAAGUUUGGUUUUUUUGGUUUUUUUUUUUUAAAGGAAAAGCGGGUCAUUGCAAAGGGCUGGGUGUAAUUUUAUGUUUCAUUUCCUUCAUUUUAAAGCAAUACAAGGUUAUUGAGCAGAUGGUUUUGUGCCGAAUCAUGAAUACCAGUCAAGUCUCACACUCUGAAAACUUGCAACUUUUUUGUUUUGGUUUUCAAAUAAAUAUAAAUAUGAUAUAUAUAGGAACUAAUAUAGUAAUGCACCAUGUAACAAAGCCUAGUUCAGUCCAUGGCUUUUAAUUCUCUUAACACUAUAGAUAAGGAUUGUGUUACAGUUGCUAGUAGUGGCAGGAAAAUGUCAGUCUGGCGCUCCUCUGAUCCCCCGAAAUGGGGGGAACCCAAACCAUAAAGGGAUGGUGAAACAGUCCAUCCUGAGGGUCAGAGGAAAAUGCAGAAAUGGUGUCACCUGGAUUUUUUUCUGCCCAUGAAUGUUGCCAGUCAGUACCUGUACUCCUUGUUUCUCUAUUUUUGGUUAUGAAUGUUGGGGUUACCACCUGCAUUUAGGGGAAAAUUGUGUUCUGUGCUUUCCUGGUAUCUUGUUCCGAGGUACUCUAGUUCUGUCUUUCAACCAAGAAAAUAGACUUGUGGUGUUUCUUUUAUUGAACUUUUAACAAUCUCUUUAGUAAAUACAGGUAGUUGAAUAAUUGUUUCAAAAGCUCAACAGAUGACAAGCUUCUUUUCUAGAAAUAAGACAUUUCUUGACAACUUUAUCAUGUAUAACAGAUCUUUUGGGUUUUUUUCCUUGUGUUCUUCCAAGCUUCUGGUUAGAGAAAAAGAGAAAAAAAAAAAAAAAAGGAAAAAAUGUGUCUAAAGUCCAUCAGUGUUAACUCCCUGUGACAGGGAUGAAGGAAAAUACUUUAAUAGUUCAAAAAUAAUAAUGCUGAAAGCUCUCUACGAAAGACUGAAUGUAAAAGUAAAAAGUGUACAUAGUUGUAAAAAAAAAGGAGUUUUUAAACAUGUUUAUUUUCUAUGCACUUUUUUUUAUUUAAGUGAUAGUUUAAUUAAUAAACAUGUCAAGUUUAUUGCUGCA